GUUACCAGUUGGGCCAAGACAACUGAUACAAAUUUAUCCAGCUCCUUAAAUGGUUUGAGCUUCAUGGGAAUUCUGGACGCAAGAGUGGGCAGCAGUAUCCAGGGCCUUCAAAACUUCAACUCCGGGACCCCAACAUCUCUCUCAUUGCCUGAGUAUGGGCCUGGCAAGCUGUCCAGUGCUUUAGAAGAUUGUCAUAGCCUUAAAUCAGUGGAUUCUGGUAUUCCAACUCUAGAAAUAGGAAAUCCAGAGCCUGUUCACUGCAAUGUGUUAAGUGUGAAGAGAAAGCAGUCGGAACCUGAAAUUGUGCCUGAUAGGGCUUUUCAGAGCGCGUGCACACUGCCGUCUUAUGUGCCUCCACAUUCUCUGACUUCUGAACAUGACCAUGCUGUGCGAAAAUCCUCUACUUUCCCAAGAACUGGGUAUGACACUGUCAAACUUUAUAGUCCAACUUCAAAAACUCUGAAUCGAAGUGAUGAUAUCUCUGUCUGUAGUGUUUCUAGUCUUAGCACAGAACUGUCAACAACUUUAUCAGUUAGCAAUGAAGACAUUUUGGACUUUGUGGUCACAAGCAGUUCAAGUGCAAUUGUGAAUCUUGAGACAGAUGAAGCACACUUCUCGGAUGUUACCCUGAAUUCCACUAAAGAGACCAAUGAUGAGAGCCAGCAGGAGUGCUGUCAAGAGACAGACGUGGACAGUAAACGAAAAAUACUGGGACCUUUUACGAACUUCUUUGCCAGGUUAAAGUUAGAGUACUGUGCAGCAGAACUCCAGUCAUCAAUCAUGUUUGAGGUGCUGAAGCUUUUGUGGACCUCUUGUCUGUUUGUUGCCAUGGAACCAGACUUAAUUCUGAAGCAGGAGGCUUCUCGGCACUUCAAAGCAUGA